AUGGCGAGCACUGAUACCCCCGCGUCCGCCGCCCCGAUCGCGAUGAACUACUUCGCCAAAGCGCAGAGCGUCAAGCCGCCGCUGAUCGCGAACGAAAACGCCUUUCUCGGCGACGUGGCCUCCAGUGAUAAGAUCGACCCAGACAAGCCCAUCUCGGCUGGGUUCUAUCGCCUCGAGAAGGGGACGCCGCUCGUGUACGAAUACACGUAUCAUGAGGUGAAAGUCAUUGUCGAGGGCAGCUUCGACAUUAGCGACGAAGCGGGUAACAAGGUGCACGCGGUCCCUGGCGACGUCUUCUACUUCCCCAAGGGCUCCAAGAUCACCUUCACGACGGAUGACUACGGUCUCGGAUUCUAUUGCGGGCAGCGGGCUCGGAAUGGCGCAUAG